AAGUGGGGAGAGGAGCUAUGAAAACCCGCCGCCGCUGCUUCCAGGACCAUCUAAAGCUGCGAAGGUCUCACUUGAUCAACGGCAGGUGAGUCACACGGAAAGUGGGGUUUCAGCUAUGUGGCUCUACCUAGCUGUCCUGGUGGGACUUUACUUCCUUCGCCGAUGGUACCGAGAGAGACAGAGAGUGGAGAAACUGACAGAAAAAUAUGUCUUCAUUACUGGCUGUGAUUCUGGCUUUGGGAACCAGCUAGCCAGGCAGUUGGACACUCGGGGUCUGCGGGUGUUGGCUGCUUGUCUCACCGAGAAGGGAGCACAGGAACUGGAGAGACUCACAUCAGACCGGUUGAAAACCACCCUGCUGGACGUCACCUGCACUGACAGUGUUGCAGCAGCAACCAAAUGGGUGAACUCAUGCGUGGGGAACAAAGGGCUCUGGGGCUUGGUAAACAAUGCAGGUAAAGGCAUACCCAUCGCUAUCAAUGAAUGGCUGACGAAGGAGGACUUUGCCAAAUUGCUGGAUGUCAACUUGCUUGGGCUGAUUGACGUGACGUUGCAGAUGUUGCCCCUGGUGAGGAGAGCCAAAGGGAGAGUGGUCAAUGUAAGCAGUGUGAUGGGAAGAUUAGCAUGCUUUGGAGGAGGGUAUUGCCUGUCCAAGUAUGGUGUGGAAGCCUUCUCAGAUACUUUGAGGCGUGAAAUGUCUCCAUUUGGGAUAAAGGUCAGCAUUAUUGAACCUGGUGCUUUCAGUACAAGCAUUCUACAAUCUACAUUAGAGAGCUUCCAGGCUUCAUGGAACAAAGCACUUUCUGAAACCAAAGAAGUCUAUGGACAGCUAUACUUUGAAAACUUUUUGAAGUUCUUCCAAAAUCUCAGGGAAAACAGCAACAAGAACCUCUUCUUGGUCACUGAUUGCAUAGAGCAUGCCCUGACCUCCCGCUACCCUCGUGCUCGCUACAGUGGUGGAUUGGAUGCCAAACUCUUCUACCUUCCAGUGUCUUACUUGCCCAGCUCAGUAGCAGACUUCAUAGUGACCUACACUUGGCCAAAACCAGCGCAAGUAAUGUCAGGAUGAACCCACAAACCAUAGCUUCCUGUUAAGGGU